UCCUUUUGCUUCCUCCUGUCUGAAUCUGACUCUGCUCGAGGCUGUGAUUCAUGGAACCCAAUGAAAUGCCUAUUGUCCACCACUGCCCUUCAGACUCUGCCCCAGGGGAUGAGACCAGAACCCCCCAGGGAAUGGAGCUUAUCCCCAAGAGAGCUGUCAGUCGCUCUCCAACCUGUGCCCGCUGCCGCAACCAUGGUGUCACUGCCCACCUGAAGGGCCACAAGCGCCUCUGCCUCUUUCAGGCUUGCGAGUGUCACAAAUGUGUCCUCAUCUUGGAGCGCCGAAGGGUCAUGGCUGCCCAGGUGGCCUUGCGUAGACAGCAGGAGGUGCAACUAAAGAGACACCUGGCUCAGGGACUGAUGAGGAGAGGGGCAGCUCCUCCCAAAGCUCCCAGCUGUGUCAAGAAGGGAGUCGCUCAACCAGGCAUCCAUCCUGGAAAGGAGAACAUAGCACCCCAGCCUCAGACCCCCCAUAGGGCAGUCCCACUGGCACUGACACCCCCUGGCAAGGAGAACUCCUGGGGGCCUCUGCUGCUCAGCCGUCCCCCAGAAGCCUUGCCUUUGCCCUGGACUCCAGUGCCUCCGGGUCCUUGGAGCCCUGGACACUGGCUGUCUCCAGGCCUUUCCAUGGCAACCCCAGUAGUAUGCCGCUUGUUAUGCCAAGAACCUGCUGUCCCUCUGCAUCCUUUCCCAGGCUUUGACCCUGGCACUGCCCUCCGGCUGCCCACUCAUGGGCACCUCCCAACCUCCACAGGAUCUCGCCCAAUACUGACAGCUUCUCUUUCUGGAGAAUCCCAAGGGCCCUCUACCCUGCCCCAAACAUGCUCAGCUCUGAUACUUCAACCCUGUGGCACCCCAGACCCUCUUCUGCCGCAGCCACAGGCCCCUGGAGCCUCUCGCCUGGCCUUGACCUCUGCCUCCUCAGAGCAGCAGCUGCAACAGGAGGCAGCUGAGGCUCUUGUGGGGCUGAAAGAUUCGUGUCAGACAUCUCGCCUGACUCCUUCUGGCCCCUCCAGUCCUGCCUGGAUCUCCCUGCUCCACCCUUGUGGCCCACCAGCUCCUGCUGGAGGAAGAGGAUUCCAGCCUGUUGGCCCCUCUCUCCGACCCAGUCCAGCCCCCUCCAUGGCUCUGCACAUUGGGCGUCUGGGGUCCAUCUCCCUCCUAAGCUAGAAGCCCAAAGGUGGAGGCCUCGCUGGUACAGGAGGCAACAGCCUGAAGGCAUUGCAUAUUUGGUAUUUUACAUAUGGAUUUAUGCAUGGAAUUGAAUGUAGUACAAGCUCCAGGCUUUUUUAAAGCUCUCUGGUACUUUGUUAGCUUUUGGUUUCUUUUAUAGCAGGGGCAUUUCCUUGGCUAAAGGUGGAUAUUCUCUUACCCUCCUUGGUUCCUGGAACCUUUUAAAAUUCCCCAACAAAGAAAGAGUUGUGCUAUUUAGGCUAACCAGUAUCUAAACUGAUUUUUGCAUGAAUUCAUGUUCCAGGAUAUUUAUUUGACACAUGAUUCUGUACCUGUGCACUCAUGGCUGUCUCUAUGCAUGUGAAAACAGAAGUAUUUUCAUUUCCUGUCUAGGUUUAUGUGACUCAGCCUAGAAAUAAAGAAAUAAACAUGUUGUUUUA